GUGAACCUAUCGUGUUGGUGUUGUCAGGGAAAAACAGAUUUAACACAUAAAAUGUUGAGGCACCACAUCGCUUGUGGGGCGUCUUGCUAUUGCUAAAAUGACUUAGUCCUCCCCUUUUAAUUAUUUCCCCCCAACUAAUGUACUAAUUGAACGGAAUGCCAAAAGCAACAAUAGGGUCUCUGUUCCACCUUCAAAAGGGAAGAAAAUGACUCGUAUUGUACAACACAGCCCGGGCUACUGCAACUUAAGACAGCAUAUUAAAACUGCAGCGUCCUCUGAGCAACGUCGACGUGGUUGCUCGACUAGUUUGACUUUUUUUUUUGUUUUGUUUGUUUUGUUUCGUUUACAAUAACUUCUCUGAAUCAUUCCGGGAGAAACAUCUCUUUCCGUGUCACUUUUUUUUUUUUUAAAUGUAUUUGACUAUUUGGAAAUUGGAACAAACUACUGUUGAAGGAUAGGAAUUUAAACAUCGGAAAGAUGACAGCGAAUGUCUUCUGGUUGUAAACUUUUCGACAGCCUUCGAUCCAGAGUGAUAUUUGUUGUUGAAGAAGAAAUCCCCAAAAAAUAUAUAGUUUGCAAUUUGUACGCUGGUUUGUGUGUAGCUAUUUACUUGCAUUAUUUAUUUACUGAAAAACGACUUAUUUUAACUGAAAGGAGACUUUUUCUAUGUAACAAAUAAGGCCUACCUGUGUUUUUUUAUCUUGCGAGUGAAAGUGGCAUACUUCUUCAAGUUAUUACCCAUUCAGUACCGGUAUAUUUUAUUUUAUUCGUAAAAAGCUAUUUUCUUGCAGUUGAGAACGUUUUCAAGAUAAACGACUAACAAAUAACACGACAUACAGAGGACUGACACGCUGUGCAGCUUUACCUGUUUUACAAAGAAGUCACGGGACCUCAACCUUUUUUUUUUUGGACUGGUAAAAAAAAAAAAGAAGACGACUUUUAUAUAAUUCUUCAUUGUUAUUUGUAGUGAUGCUAGGCAGCUUUCUUUGAAGCUUUCACUAACCUGACUCAAUAUCUGGUUCGGGAGAACUGUGAUAACAGACGAUAUACCAAGCAAUAAGCUAUCCAAAAUUGGGCUUGCUUAGUACUUGGAUGGGAGACCAGUCGCAACACCAGGUGCUGUUUGACAUGAGAUACAGUCUGCCUACUGGACAUUAAGUUAUCAAGCAUCGUACAGCAUGUGCCACAACACACAUAGACUUUCAUUUCAGAGGAAGACAACAAUGUAGGACCAGAAAAACCACCUCUAGUGAAACUGAAACUGUAGAUUUUUGGUUCAUACUCUACGAUGUCUAUUUUAAUUUCCUGUUUGGCAACACUGUGUGGUGUUUAAAAUAAUCCCCAGGGAAACUGGUCAAUUAUUUUUUGCAGAUUGAAAAAUCUUUGCAGAAACCGCCUUUGCUUUAAACAACCGGGUAUUACAAAUUUGGAGGAAAAUCGGAAUUAUUAUUUAUUGGAUUUAAAAACAAAGAAACGCAACAGAAGUUGAAAACGUGAACUUUUGUGAUGUGGAAAAACUGCUUUCCAUGCCGCAGCUCGGAAGAUUUGGUUCCUCGUAUUAAAAAAAUCACAAAAUCAUCUUAAAAAAAUAUUUUAGAUUUUUUGCAGUGGAAAAAAAUCUUUACAACAACUAUGCAUCACUGAAAAAUGCCCCUACAUUCCCAACGUGGUUCCUAGGAUACAAAACAAGGCUUAAAACUGCCACCCUCCCCUUUCAACUCAAGCUAAAAUGUAUUGUUUCCUGCAACAUUCUUCCCCAUCCAAUUAAAUUCAGGGUUACUUGGUUACUAAACUACAAACAGUCAUCCAACAGUUUAACGCUAAGAACUGUCCCCCCAGAAACCAAACGUGGGAUAUCUUGGUUCCUCAAACUUAGAAGACAACCAAGUUGUGCCAUGUUAAAAUUGCCACCCUGAAACUGAACCUGGACCAGUGCAGAGCGUGACAAUAAAAACAUCUCUCUACAACUGAAGACACAGUAUUUGGUUCCUAGUAUAUAACACCCCACUUCACUUGCAACACUAAAACUACCUUCCUGAAUCCAAACCUGGAAUAUUUUGGUUCCUAAUUUACAAACUGACUUUGAUUACCAACUUUAAAAACUGUCCAACCGAAACUAAACUCCAAGACACUCCUACUUUACAAACUGUCCAGUUGCACAACCUCAAAAGCCAUCCCCACUGGAACUAAACCAGAAAAGAUUGAUUCCUACUUUCAAACUAACUGAUAGAUGCGCAACCGUAAAAAAACAUCCCUACCGGAAACGAAAACCCAGAACAUUCAGUCCCUGCUUUCCCCUGAAAGCAGCCCCCUGUUCAUGUGAAGCUGGAUCGCUAGUGUGAGGGAUGUCAGUGGAGCAAACGCGCAGCAUGGUCCUGGAGCCCAGUGCAGCGGGCGCCGCUCCCGUGACGAGGAGGAGAGAGGAGGCGAUGUGUCAGGCCUACUAUAGACUGAUCCAGCAGCAGCCAGCCAGCCUGCUCACACUGCUCAUCAUCCUGGGCUUCAGCCUGACCCUCGUGGCUGUAUUCUUCAUUUCUCAACGGCCUGUCUCUGAUCACCUUGGCUUCGUGAUCACUGUGUUCGUUGUACUGGGAGUGUUCAUCUUGCUGUUCUUGCUGGUGUGUGUGGAGCCCCUGUUCGAGCGCUGCCAUGGUCUCUUUUCUGUGCUGGUGUGGGGCUGCCUCAUCACCAUGGCCUUCGUGUUUGCAUUUACAGGGGGGGGAGUACAGGCCUGGGAGCAGGUGGCGUUCUUCCUCUUCAUCACAAUCAUCGUGUACACACUGUUGCCCCUGUGUCUGAUGUUUGCUCUGAUUGGAGGGGUCGUAACAUCACUGGCACACAUUGUUGUAUUUAGUAUAUAUGUGCCAGUGACCAAUCACAGCGAAGAUCACCUGGAACUGCAGCUUCUCCCCAAUGCGGUGGUGUUUAUCUGUGCUAACCUGGUGGGCGUGUACCACAAGACCCUCACUGAGCGCGCUCUGCAGAACACCUGCAGGGAUGGCCUCAACUUCAGCCAAUCACGAGGCAAGCUGGUGAGCGAGAAGAAACAGCAGGAGCACUUGCUGCUGUCGGUACUUCCAGCCUACAUCGCUUUAGAGAUGAAAGCUGAGAUCAUCAAGCGACUGAAAGACAAACAGCCUGACCUGGAAUACAGCAACAACUUCCACAACCUGUAUGUGAAGCAGCACAAGCAUGUCAGUAUCCUGUAUGCAGACAUCGUUGGCUUCACACAGUUGGCCAGCAUGUGCUCUCCUAAAGAACUGGUGCUGAUGUUGAAUGAACUCUUUGGAAAAUUCGACCAAAUUGCCAAGGAGAAUGAAUGCCUGCGGAUUAAGAUCCUGGGCGACUGUUACUACUGUGUGUCUGGCCUGCCUGUGUCUCUUCCCAGCCACGCUACAAACUGUGUCAAGAUGGGCCUGGAUAUGUGCCAUUCAAUCAAUCAGCUGCGUGAAGCCACGGGUGUCAGUAUCAACAUGCGUGUGGGCGUGCAUUCCGGUAACGUUCUCUGUGGCGUGAUCGGGUUGCAGAAGUGGCAGUAUGACGUCUGGUCCAAAGAUGUGACGCUAGCCAAUCACAUGGAGUCUGGAGGGCUGCCUGGGCGUGUUCAUAUCACAGAAGCCACAUAUUCUCACCUGAACGGGGAGUAUGAAGUGGAGGAGGGAGAGGGGGAGACAAGAGACAGCUAUCUGACUGGGCUGAAGACCUACCUGGUCAUUGACCCACGGGUCUCUGCUCCGGUCAGCAGUGAUGUCCUCUCUCCCCCUCCUCCUGAGGGGGUGAAACAGCGUGCCUCAGUCCGAAUGGCCCGAUACCUUGAGUCCUGGGGGGCAGUCAAGCCCUUUGCUCACCUGAGCCACCGAGAGAGCGCGGAGCUGGCCACGCCACCAGACAUCACCGCGGUGGAAAUUCCCAUGAACAACUUAAACCAACACAGGACUAUAGACAGAGCGAGAUCACAAAAACCAGAAGAGAUGAAUGAACCCAUUGAAAGUGUCCAUUCCUACAAGCACUGGGUGAAGUCUGGCGAGAUGAACCCCGUCACUCUCUAUUUUAAGGACUGGUCCAUGGAAAAGGAGUUUCGCUGGGCCCCUCUCCCUGAUUUCCAACUUUACAUGGCCUGCUCCUUCCUCAUCUUCAUUGCGGUCUUCAUAAUCCAGAUGUUCAUCUCCUACAAGAACACUGCUCUGGGAAUCUCGUAUGGAGUCUCCUUCUUCAUCUUCCUGCUCCUCCUCUUCACCUGCUUCGCUGGACACCUAACAAGAUGGACACAGAAAGGUCCCAAAUUUGUCCAGUGGAUUCCUUCCAUCUCUGCAGCUGUAAUCAAGCAGCCUCUCGUCCGAGUUCCUGUCCAAGUUAUUACGAUCUUACUGAUCCUAAUCAUGGCUUUAUUCAACUUUUUUUUUCUGCCAGAGCCUGUUUCAACAAACACAAACCAUCUGUACACUGUGCCAUAUUAUCUCUACUGCAGUCUGCUCAGUAUGCUGAGCUGCUUCAUCUUCCUGCGCAUGAACUUUGAACUCAAGCUGGCCCUGCUGACCCUUGCCCUGGUGGUCUAUGAGGUCAUCUUCCUGUACAGCUAUGACUAUCGAUCAGACCACUACGUGUCCAAGCUGUAUACAAACUCCAGCAGGCCAGGGGUGUUGAAAGAGCCCAAAGUCAUGGCUGGAAUCUGGCUCUUUGUGUUUUUCUUCACAGUCCUGGUUCUCGCCAGACAGGAUGAGUUUUACUCCCGGCUGGACUUCCUGUGGAAGAGGAAGUUUGUUCAGGAGCGCGAGGAGAUCGAGACGAUGGAGAAUCUGAACCAAGUUCUUCUGGAGAACGUGUUGCCGGCCCACGUAGCCACACAGUUCAUCGGACAGAACCGACGCAAUGAGGAUCUGUACAGCCAGUCGUACGAGUGUGUCUGUGUGAUGUUCGCCUCCAUUCCUGAUUUCAAAGUGUUUUACUCAGAAAGUGAUGUGAAUCGCGAAGGACUGGAGUGCCUCAGACUUCUCAAUGAAAUAAUUUCAGACUUUGACGAGCUGCUAUCAAAGCCAAAAUUCAGUGGAGUUGAGAAGAUUAAAACUAUCUGCAGCACAUACAUGGCAGCGACUGGACUGAAUACUGUGUCUGGAAAUAGUGAGGACACUGAUCGUAGUUACGCCCACAUUGGUAUAAUGGUAGAAUUUGCAAUCACUUUGAUGGGCAAACUAGAUUAUAUCAACAAGCACUCCUUCAACGACUUCAAACUGAGAAUAGGUAUUAACCAUGGGCCAGUGAUAGCUGGGGUGAUAGGAGCGCAGAAGCCCCAGUAUGAUAUCUGGGGGAACUCUGUGAAUGUUGCCAGUCGAAUGGACAGCACUGGAGUUCUGGGGAAAAUACAGGUUACAGAAGAGACUGCUGACAUCCUGCAAUCUCUGGGAUACUCGUGUUCCCUGCGAGGAGUGAUUCAAGUGAAGGGCAAGGGGGACCUGCAAACAUACUUCGUAGAGACAGACGCUGGCAAAACAGCAAUUCAGUUACCCUUAUAGACUUUGCAAUCUAGUCUCUUACCUUUAAUUUACAGUAGCAGCAUUAUAACUGCCCAUACCCACCCCCGUUAAACGUGCACAACUGUAUCCUAUGAUUCUCUCAGUAAAGGUCCAUUACAGGCGGAGAGCAGAAGAUAUUAACCAUUUCACUGCCUCGUUGUUUGAACACAUCUUUUUCACAUUUCCAUUUUACUCAAUGUUAAAACCGCAUGUUCAACAGACCUCUUGAUUAUGCCACCAGGAAUGCUUUGUUUUUGUUCACAGGAACCAGUUAGCCAUGUGGUAAUGGUGCCCUCUAUGGGCUUUCGCAGUGAUUA